GGAAAUUGGUACAGGAAAACUGAAGCAAAUAUAUCGAAAUUUGAGGAAACAAGCUUGUACUGCUGUGUUUGAAGAUGUCUGCAAAUUCAACACAGUCCUCAGUGAGGGAGAACGAGCUUUUAGAUCCUAAUAAUGUCAAUUCGGCAUGUUCGAGAUGCAAGAAGGAACAGUCAGAGAUCAAAUCAAGAAAGGAAUACUUCUGUUCGCAAUGCUUUAUCCGAUUUAUCAGUGGGAAACAAAGAAAACAAAUGUUAGAUGAGAAAUUCAGGGUGAACUACAAAAAGACUGGAGUUGACACCAACGUCUUAUUGCCUAUUUUAUUCAACCAGAAUUUGGUUGAAUCUCUAUCAUUAUUAGAUAUUUUAUUGAAUUUAUUGCUUGAACAGAAUUUGAAUCAUCAUGGCAAACAAGGAUUUAAUUUGGUUGUGGUAAUUUUAUAUUAUAAAUCAUCUCAGGAGGAUAUUAACGAUUUCAAUUUAUUUAUUGAUUUAGUUAAAAAAAACUAUUUGCCAUUGAAUAAUUUAAAAUUUAAAUUAUUCGAUUUAAAUCUAUUUAUUACAUCGAAUCCUUCAAUUUUGAGAUCAAUUGAUGUUGAUUAUAAUAAUUUUCAAUCGUAUAGUAUACCAAAAUUAAUAAGCGGUGAGAGUAACAAUAAUAAUAGUAAUGAAAUUAUAAAUUUAGAUACUAUCCUAUCACAAAUAUCUGAUUCAUCCACAAAAGAAGACUUGCUAAAUAUAAUUAUUACACAGUCAGUUAAAAAAAUUUCGUUAUUGUUAAACUGUGGAGUGAUUUUAUUAAGUGACUCAAUGUCUUUAUUAGCAAUUAAAAUAUUAUCAUUAAUUGUUCGAGGAAAAUCAUAUUUGAUUUACAAUAUGUUGACCAAUGAUAUUCGAACAUUAGAAAAUCUUCAAAUAAUAUACCCUUUGCAAGAAAUUUUAAACUUUGAAAUUUAUAAUUAUUUCAACUUAAAACAAUUGAAUUCCGCAGAAGUUCUUAAUAAUGACCAAAGAAAAAGAAUUAGAAAUCCUUCUAUCGAUCUAUCGGUGAAAAAUUAUUUUCGAAUGAUUGAAAACAAUGGGUAUUCUACAGUGGUGUCCACUGUUGUUAAAACUGGAUUUAAGUUGAUCAAUCCAGUAAUGGUCAAUCCUCGUGGUAUCAAACAUUGCAAAGUUUGCGAUUCAGUUUUGUUUGAUGAUCCAAUCAGGUGGUUGAACAAGAUUACAGUUACUGAUUGUGUUGCUCCAGAAAAUGAAGAAGAACUCAGCAACUACCAAAAAUACGUGAGCUUGUUGGACGCCCAGACCUCUGCUGGAUCGAGCAAUAAAGGAGACUUACAUCAGGAGAGGACACAAAUGGACUUAUGUUAUGGAUGUCUAGUCUCAGUUGGUGGUGUGAGCAAGGAAAAGUUCGUAUGGCCUAUCUACGAAGAUGAUUCUACACACGACGCACAAACAGACUUUAAAGUUGACAGCGAAGACUUACUCACCUUGCAGGAAUACCUCAUCUAA